CAGCAAAGCCGGAAGUGGGUUCCCCAAACAAACGGGAGGCGCUGUUGGUUCCAGGCGAGUGGAAGCGCUGGAGCUCCGGUGACUUGCAGCCUACGGCCCGCGCAGCUCCAGUGCCUUACAGCCACCCACCAGCACCCCCAGGAGAAACGGCUGGACCAUGUCGAACAUGGAAAAACACCUGUUUAACCUGAAGUUUGCUGCAAAAGAGCUUAAUAGGAAUGCCAAAAAAUGUGAUAAAGAAGAAAAAGCUGAAAAGACCAAGAUUAAAAAGGCCAUUCAGAAGGGCAAUACAGAAGUUGCACGAAUACAUGCUGAAAAUGCAAUCCGCCAGAAAAACCAAGCAAUUAAUUUCUUGAGAAUGAGUGCUCGGGUAGAUGCUGUAGCAGCUAGAGUUCAGACAGCUGUGACGAUGGGCAAGGUAACUAAAUCAAUGGCAGGUGUAGUUAAGUCUAUGGAUGCUACAUUGAGGAGCAUGAACCUUGAGAAGAUAUCUGCCUUAAUGGAUAAAUUUGAACACCAGUUUGAAACAUUAGAUGUUCAAACACAACAGAUGGAAGAUACUAUGAGCAGCACUACAACACUAGCAACUCCCCAAAACCAAGUAGAUAUGCUCCUUCAAGAAAUGGCAGAUGAAGCCGGCCUUGAUCUCAACAUGGAGCUCCCACAAGGUCAGACAGGUUCUGUUGGUACAAGUGUUGCUUCAACAGAACAGGAUGAACUAUCACAGAGACUUGCCCGCCUCCGUGAUCAAGUGUAACACAAAGAACUUGAUGCUGCUGUUCACUACACUUACUUCUGAAACCUCCUGUGUAUGCAUGUGUCUGUGGGCUGUGUGUGUGUGUGUGUGCAUGUGCAUAUGUGCGCAUGUGCGUGCAUGCAUAGAUAUUUAUGGAAUGUUCAAAUAUUCUUGGUAGAACAAAAUACUUUGGGCUUGCAGUUCUUUACAAAUAUGAUAAGAAGUUCAAGGGAGCUUGAGCACUCUUACUAGACUUUUGUAGUUCUGAACAGUAGAGGUUGAAAUGUGAAGGAUAUCUUCUACAUGCCUCUUAGGUUGAAACUAGAGUUUAACUCAUUCUUUUUGAAACAUCUUCGUUAAACAUUGAGUUGAAAUUCUAGUACCACACUACUUCAUCUCCUGUUUAGAAUUAUUAGUUAUUAAGUUGAAACAUUUUAAAUCCCAUGUUCUUUUUAUCUUCACAGAACUGAAAUGUUUAAGAAAAAAAAAAGUAGGAAUGGAAUAGGGCAAGGCAAUCUUUCUCUCUCUCUUUCUCUUUCACUCAUUUGCUCACGUGGCCCCAUACACAUCAUUUACUACUUUGGGAUGAACAGUACUGUGUUUAUGUUGGUCUGCUUUUAGUCUGUAUUCAUAUUUUAAGCUUAGAUUACCAUAGGCAUUUUCACACCAUAUUGUGACUUCUGGUGUGUGUGUGUGUGUGUGUGUGUGUGUGUGUGUGUGUGUGUGUGUGUGUGUGUGUGUAUGCAUGUGUGUGUGUGCAUGUGCUUGUGUGUUCUCUAAAAUCUUCACGAAAUAAUCAUCUUCACCCAUAAUUGCCUGGAAAAAAGUGACACAUUACUUCAUUUGCAGGAAAGAUUCAAACUAAUUCCUAUUUGCUAUUUGCAAGAUCUGGUAGUUAACUCACAGCCAUAUUUGGACUUCCAUACUUCUGUCUCUAAUGAAAUGAUAAAAUUGAGAGAUUGUCUUGUCAGAUUUUUAUUAGCCAAUAUUUUUAUGUUAAUUUACAUGGAACUCUUACCAUGCACAUUCCCAGGGACUGUUGUUGAUUCAUUUGGGGAAAAUCCUGACCUGUUGUUUUGUUUUAAAUAAGAAUUUCGAGAACAAAGAAAUCAGUAGUGCUUUUCUUGAAACUAAAUGUGUUUGUCCAGUAUAUCUUAAAGCAGCACCUCGUUAUUCAUUGGGGCUCUUAAGUGGAUCGGGAAAUUUUGAAUUUGGCCAUACAAGCAACAUCAACACUCAUCUAGUCAAGUGGAAGUUAAAAUAGUUUGAGGGUAUUUGGGGUAGGAGCAGGAUGCAACUGAAUCACUGAACUUUGUUGCCCAGGUGUCCAUUCAGCCUCUUAGAAUGGCCGGUUUAGUUUAUUAAAAUGUGCAAUUUUAACAUGUAGCUAUGAUGUUUUAAUUUAGUAGUCACCAAAUGGUGGCAAAAUAGUGAGUUACUAAUACAUUGUAGCAAGUAUACAAAAGGAGGUUGAAUGAGCACAGUGAUUUGGGGGAGGGGAAGUUUAUCCUCCUAAUGAAAGAUUUCCCCAUAAAAGAAUUCCAUUGCUGUUCUUUUGUUUUGUUUUUUCAUAAGAAAGUUUUAUUGAGGAAUGAUUCUCCCUGUUGUGAGUCACGAAGGCAUUCAAAGUGCAAUUACAAGAGCCUUUUGCCAGACCUUUCUUAGCCAAGUGUUACCCAUUCGUCCAAAGUAUUUUCCACUGUGAAUGAGUGUGUUUGAAUCAAAAAUAUAUGAACAAGUAAAUGCAAUGAGAAAUAACUGCGUUGUUUGUUGAGCACUAGGCCCCGUGUAUCCGAGUUUCUUGGUAUGUGACUAGGAUGUUUCUGUCUCUGUGUGGAUAGCCUGCAUUUUGUUGAGAGGGAUGCUUUUUUUCUCUGUAUGAAAGUGGUUGGUGUGUUUGUUCCUAUUGAAAUAUUCUAGGGAGCCAGAGAAGAGAAUUAUCACAGACCGAAAUGCCUAUGAAGUAGAAACUCUCCUUCUUUUCCAUUGUUGAUGUAUGUAACUUGGAUAAAAAGAUUAUAAUUAAAAAUCUGUUAACUUGUGGAUACCUCUUA